CGAGCUGGCUUCCGCUUCCGGGUAAGGCUUCCCUGUGGCGCGCGCUUGAAGCUAAACAGUAGCUAUGGAGCUGGUAGGAGAGUACGUCGGGCGGGACGGGGAGCGGCGUCAGCUGCGGGUUGUUUGUGAAGCGUCCGAUGACGCCGACCCUCUCCAGAAGCUGUUGUCGGGUGUGGCCCAGAUGAAGGAGCUGAUACCCAAAUUCUUCGAACCCCUGGUACAGCGUGAAGCUAAGGGCCGGGUGACUGCGGAUCCAGACGAGACACUGGAGGGUAAUGAUGAAGAUGAUGCAGAAGAUGAAAAUAACAUUGAUAAAAGAACUAACCCAGAGGGACCAUCUGCAAAACGGCCAAAACCACCAUCUGAGCCAUAGCUUUCGUGAAAUUUAAAAGACUGCUACUUUGUCCUAAUUUUCACACACUGAUAUUUAAAGAAGACUAAUUUGGGAAAGCAUUUAUGUUUGCCUGGGACAAGUUUGGCAGAGGGAAAGCUUUCUUCUGUUUUUAGCAGAGAAAGAUACAAUAAAUCUUUAAGAAUAA